CACACCCCAUGGAAGGGUGUCAGGCAUCCCACAGAGGGGUGUCAGGGACCCCAUGGGUGGUUUUGGGGACCCCACGGGAGGAUGCCGGGACGUGGGGGGGGUGUUUUAGUGAACAGAUGGAGGAUUUAGGGACCCUGGGGUGAGGCCAGAAGGGGUCCCCAAAGCUGCGGGAUGCAGUGACCCCAUGAGGGAAGGGGGCUCCAGGUUUGGGGCCCAUGGCAGAGCAGGACUGGGCGCUGGAGCCGGGCUGGCUUCUCUCCCCCGCCGGCCGCCCCUACCUGGACUCCAUCCUGCACAAGAACCAGCGGAGAGUGUUCGGUCUGCUGGAGCGCCCUGCGCUGCCGCCCGCCCUGGCUGUCCCCACUGUCACCUACAAACUCUUCCUGGCCGGGAGAAGCGGCGUCGGCAAAACAGCGCUGGUGGCCUGGCUGGGGGGGACCCCCGGGCUGCUCGCCCACCACGAGACCCUGGGCAUCGAGGCCACCACGCUGUUCUGGCCGGCCAAGCCCCGCGGCAGCAGCCGCCCCGUCCUGUUCCAGCUGCACCUCUGGGACUGCGGGGAUGGAGCGCUCAGGAAGUUCGAGCACCUGCUGCCCGCCUGUAAGGAGGAGGCGGACGCUGCCCUGUUCCUGUUCUCCUUCACGGACCGCGCGUCCUUCGAGGAGCUGCCGGCGCUCAUGGACCGCGUGCUGGGCCCCGGGGACCGCGACAUCAUCAGGAUGGUCGUGGGCACCAAAUUCGACCUGGCCCCACACGCGGCCGUGACAGAGGGGGACGUGCGGGCCUUCGAGGGGAGGUGGGGGCUGCGGGUGCUGCGGGCCCGGGGGUCCCCGGGGGCCGGCGGGGCUCGGGCGGGGCUGGCCCGGGUCGCCCCCGUGCUGGACGCCCUGGUCGAGGGGCUCUGGCGGCGCGACCAAGUGACCGCCGGUGUCACCCCCGCCAGCACGGGGGACACUCCCAGCUGA